AUGGACUGGCAGGAGAAGGAUCUCACGGACUGGGCCAGAGAAUCGCUGCAAGACAUCCUGCUGGACGCGCUGAAGGAUCCUGCGCGGUGCAAAGACGGAGAGGCGGUGCGGACGCCCUGGACCUUCCUGGAGGUCCAGGUGCUCCGUGUGGAGGUCAGUGGAGAAGCAAGCCUUUGCGGUCGCAAGGCCCAGGUGAGUGUGGAUGCUGACCUGGACCUUGGUCUGCAGCUGGAGGUGGUUAAGGCAACUCGCUUCUAUGGCGCCGAGAAAGACGGGGGGAAGGCCCAGCGCUGGCCUGCGGUGCUGCGCGUCCCGGGCUUCCAGCCGGGCACACCGCCCGAGCUGCAGGUCCAGUUCGAUGAUCCGCAGAGCGAGGUGGCCGGCGAGGUCACCUGGUUCCUGCAGGAGGGCUUGGGUGCGAGGCUCUUGCAGCAGACGCUGGAGAGGUGGGAGGCACUGGCAAGGCGGCGCUUCGGCGCCGAGGCGCGGCCUGAGGUGCCCAGGAGCUCCGGGAGAUCCGCCAUCUGGCUGUCUGCGGAUGCCAGUCUCCGAGCCAGCCAGAGACGGGCGAGAAAGCCUGAACCGCUGCAGGACCUCUCGGCAAAGACCAAGACGGAGGCCAAGCCCGCAGCCGUGCAGAGGCCCGCAGCGCGUGCCGUGAGCCCUGCGCAAAGACUCCACGAGGCUGUCCGCUCCAGGAACUAUGGCGAGGCUUUUCUUGCUGAUCCGAGCCUCCUCCAUGCGCGCUGUCCCAGCUCGGAAGAAGGGCUCUCGCUCCUCCACUCGGCGGUGCUCAGCAAUUCGGCAGACAUGAUCCGCCUUCUCCUCCAGGCCCGUGCCGAGUUGGCGCCAAGGGACAUGCUGGGGCGCACUCCGCUGUUCAUGGCUCUCAAGAAGGGAAGCCUGGAGUUGUCCAAGUGCCUCCUGGAAGCCGGCGCUUUCGAGGCCGAAGAGGCAUCGCUGGUGGAGAAGCUGAGCCAAUGCCUGGACCUCCGCAGCGCCCCUGAGCUUUUUGAGCUGGUGGAUGCCAAGGAGAGGCCCCGAAGUCAGGGCCGGGCGAUGCUGCGGGCCCUAAGCCAGCGAGAUGCCAGGACUGCCGAGGCUGCGCUGGAGGCUGGGGCGGACCCCUCCGUGGCCGAAGGUGGCGAGCAAGCCCUCCACCUCGUGACCAAGUGGCGGCAGGAGCCGGUCGCGCGGCUGGAGGUUCAGAAGCUGGCUAGGAAGCUGGUGCAGGCACGCGCCGACGUCAACGCCGGCAACUCUCGCGCCGAGACGCCGCUGCUCUUCGCUGCCCACCGCGGUGAUUCGUCUCUGGUACAGUUGCUCUUGGAGCUGCGAGCCGACCCGGCCGCAGCCAACGAGGAAGGCAGCACGGCCUUGAUGUUCGCAGCGCACGCUGGUCACGAGGAGGUCUGCAAGAUGCUCUUGGAGGCCUAUGCAAGCCCUGGCACACGGAACCGCCAUGGGCUCACUGCCGAAGAGAUGGCCACGAAGCGCGGCUUCCGAAAGCUCGGGGCAUUGCUUGCUGCUCACGUCCUGGCACCGGCGACGCCGGGAAGUGCGAGGACCCCGGUAACGCCACUCGCGGCGGAGGUGCUCUCUCUGAGGCCGCCUGGACCUGCGACAUGCGCGGCUGCGACAUGCGCGGCUGCGGGCGCGGCUGCGGGCGCCUUCCAGACCAAAGCUUCUGAG